AUGACUCCCCCCGAUUCUGCUACCGAGAGAAAAACUGUGGUUCUUACCGAGAAGGAGAUCGAAGAUCGGUUGCGCCCGAUCAAGUCUAUCAGGAACUAUACACGGGGUAAUAGUGGUACCGAAGUCCAGCGGCUCGCCUCGUUAUUCCUAUGCUGCCUCACGGCUCCUGUCAACAUUAUGCAUGCCAUAGCAAUCGUUGACUUCAAGAGAGAGGUUCAGCAGAAAUAUGAGCCUCCCAUGACUGACCGUAUCAACGAUACCCGAUAUCCACGAUGCCCAGAUGCACGGAUGGAUCUCGGUUCGGCGACUAUGAGGGAGUGUACACUCCUCCCUGAGAUCGUUAGGCAUGAGUGCUUGGUAGCUACUGCCGAUGGUGGUGAAAAGCUCGAUUGUCCUACCCCUGCGCUCACGGUAUUCACAGAGUUCGUUGUGCGGAUGCUGGGGAAGUCUGUGGCUGAGCUUGGGCUCAUUGUGCGACUCCGUUUGAAGGCGUUAUUGGAUCAUACAGAUUAUGUCAACAAUGCAAUUGUAGAGCGGUGGGAAUUCAUCGGUGUUCUCAAGGACUGGAUACGGGGAUUUCAUGAAUUACACGAUCAACAAGUGCCCGAUGAUGCCAAAAUUCUGCGGUAUUUCCCCUAUAGGGAAUGGGCGGAUUUGGGAACAGAACGACCCGCCGGUCAGGAAGUACGUGGGACUUAUCAGUUUCAACAUGAGAUGAUGGCAUAUGAUUUCGAAUUGGUUUUUGAGCCGGGUAACCAAGAGUUUACGGCUUGUUAUGAUGCGUGGAGGGAACGUGCAUCAUCUGAAGAGGUGCCAAAUUCACGCUCAGGGUGCAACACUACAUUCGAGCCGUUAUUUUCUCUUGAUGCGGGUGCCUACCGAGCCUAUUGUAAAUGUGGCAGAGAUAACCCUGGGAACGUGAUGGAGUCGUUGACGGGCUUCGUUCUGUGGGACUUGAGUGAUGCAACGACGGUUUGGGUACUUCUUCUGAUGGCUAUCAAGUGCUCUUGCCCAGAACUGAAUACUACGCUUCCCAGAGUUAUCCAGAGUAUUGAGGCCAUGGGAAGGGCAGCAUCAUCAGCGCCUAUGGGCUCUGAAGUGGCGUAUUCUUUANNNNUGACACCGCAAGUCCUUCAUGAGUAUCGAGCCAGCCUGUAA